AUGAAUGCCCCCGAUAGAUUCGAGCUGUUCCUGUUGCAGGAUGGGGAGAAGAAAGUCUCGGAAGAACCAGAUACCCGUACUGCCGAUAGCUCCGUCUUCACAUUCAACAAAGAAGACCACACUCUCGCGAACAUCCUCCGUGCCCACCUCCUCAAAGAUCCCCACGUCACCUUCGCUGGCUACAAGAUUCCACAUCCCCUCUUCGCAAAGUUCGAGCUCCGGAUACAGACUGAUGGUACCAUUUCACCGAAAGAAGCGCUCGUAAACUGCUGCAAGGCAUUGGUGGGAGAUAUGGAGAUUUUGAGUCGGGAGUUCACGAAGGAGUACGAGUUGCGGAAGAUGGUAACGGGAGAUAUGGCUGAUAAAUAA